AUGACUUCAGAAUUGAAAGAAUUAUUGCCGGAGCCUGUUGAGAUUGACGAAUCGGAGAUAUUACCGCCACCAAAAAAAUGGUCCAUUGCGACGUGGGUCAUUCCCCACCUCGUUAGUAUCCAGAAGUACUCGGUGAUACCGUUCACCGUCUUCUCUGCUCUACAUCUUUCUAGUACGAUAUUUGUACCCGCUGUUGCGGGUCCUGGUGCUGGUGAGGAUGUAUUUACGAUGGCCAGAACGAUAUACCAAGCUCCGGGCAUCGAAGAGACCAUGGUGCUUGGAGCCGCGGGUACCCAUGUGCUGAGUGGGGUGCUGCUGAGGAUUUGUCGUAAGAUCAAACACGACUCCGAGUACGGCAAACAGAAGAGACGUUCGAAGGCUUAUAUGACCGAAGCAGAGAAGGCCAAAGAUGCGGAUUUCGGACUUGGUGGGUUCUUCUCGCUGUUCGGCUUUGGAUCGAAGCAAUCUGUCGUUUCUAAGAAGUUUGGCAUAUCACCAUCCGUUUUCAGUGGAUAUCUACUAACAGUUUUAUUAACCUGUCAUGUGGCAAGUUUGAGACUGGCGCCAUUGCUGGUGGAUGGUGAUUCUUCAUAUGUGAGCCUCGCCUAUAUAUCUCACAUCUUCAACCGAUCGCCGAUAUUCACUAGCGGAGCCCUCGGAUUACUCACAGCUGUUGGGACUUACCAUAUGUCCAGUGGCUGGUUACGAAUCCUACAUAAGUUUUCUUUGAACUGGAAAAGGGCUGCCUACGGGUCUAUUGCUUUAACGUGCGCUCUUCUGAGUGUGGCCCUUUCCAAAGUGGGUAGCCUUGGGCUCCAAACAGGAUUUAUGGCUGCAAAGUUUGAUGCCUAUCAUGAUUAUUUCCAUUGA